GGAGUUUGCCAUGACGUACUUCCUCGUUCACGGAGCAGUCACAUGUGUCUGAGCAGGAGGGUGAAAGGGACAGUCCAGAGGAGACUGGACCUCGACAGUACAUGCUGCGCCUAUGUGCUAUCAUGCACAUGUGCUAUUGCCAGGCUGUUUGUGUGACUGCACUUAAUCUCCCUUCGCUUCCCCGCGUCUCGGAUCUCACUUCACCCGCAGUCCGACCCCACGCUCACAGACCUCGAGCUACACAGCCAAGCUCAAUCUACUCAGCAGCUGUGUCGUCUCUGCUAAUAAGCUAUAACUACCCACACUCGGCCUCUUUCGAGAGUCUAUAGCAAGAAGCUACCAGAAAAAUCAGAAUCAUGGGUAUCUCGCAGGACUACACCGUUCUUCGCGUCGCGGUAACCUGCGAGC